AAAGCGAGGCUGCUGCUAACUAUGGCGGUGUUGAGUGUCCUUCGCACUGUGAAAAGUGGCGUUCAAACGCUCAAAUGGCCUCUAUUGCGAUAUACUUCGAACCUUCCACAAUCUGGUUAUGUAGCUCUAGGUGGCCCUGUUCGACGUAUGGCUUCUGGACGGACCAUGCAAGUUAUGCCAUCCAAUCAUGAGGUCAAACUCUUCAAGGAUCAUGUUCAUUUCUAUGUUCUCCUGGGAGCGAUACCCCUUGGGUUAAUCAUCUUCUGUGCUAAUGUAUUUGUUGGGAAAGCAACUUUAUCUGAAAUACCUGACGGCUAUGAACCAAAAGGAUGGGAGUAUUACAGGCACCCUAUUGAACGUUGGUUUGCACGAUAUUGUUAUGAGGAUAUGGAACUAAGCUACGAGAGGUUGAUGCAUAAAAUAAAUUAUGAAGACCAAAAAAGAAAGGGAAGAUUAUUGGAGAGAAAAGUCAAGAAUUUAAUGUCAGAACGAGGCGACUACAAAGGCUGGUAUUAUAUUCCUGUAUCGGACCGUCGAGUUUGGGUGGACAAGGCCAACACGGAGGACAUGCGUGAGAAUGAAGCCAUCGGUCCAGUUGAUUGAUGCUAAUUCUGUGCCCAGUUUUAAGACACUGAGCUGUGUGAAAAUUAUUAUCUGUCAAGAAAGAGGGACUUCAGGCAUGUUUGUAAUGGAGAUGUAGCCUGAUCUACUAUAUUCUGCAAGACAGCCCAAUAGGAGGUGGACCAAAUCUAAACAGCUGUCAUUUAUGACUACAUUUUGGGAGCAAAGGUUAAAUGCUCUAUCUUAUCUUGAUGAAUUAGGUGAUAGCAUCACAUAAUUAUAAAAUUCCCACAGAAAUAGUUGCUUGUUAACCGGAUGUCCAACUUGAAUCACAAAAGCAGUUAUUUUAGUUCAUCAAUUCAAAAUAAAUCAAAGGCCUACGUUGAAUGGGGUUAUUGAGGUGACCUUAUUGAGUGAGCUAAUUAGUAUUCACACUUUGGUUCACACCUUAUUAGCCAAAGAUUAUAGUGGGACAGUGUCAAAAAUCACCGCAAAUAGGAAUUAUUUAGGGUUGAUUUUCAAGCAGAAAAAAGGCUGUUAUUUCAGAACCAGUGUAAGUUAUCAACAUGAAAACACACCAAACAGUUUCAUUUUCUGCAAGGCCAUAAAUUACCAGUUGCUUUGCCAUGUUCAUGGUAAGUUUUGGAGCACAGAGCAACAGGCGCAUAUUGCUGCCGCUUUGUGGUAUACUUGUUUGAUUUGGACCACGGCCUACACAUGGAUUGUGCAUCCCCCGAGUCUUAAACGCACGAAAUGGUUUAACCAGUUCACUGUCACACCCGUAGAUAUACGGGGACAUUUCUUGGACCAUAAACGGUCACGCCGGCAAAUGUGCGGGGAAAUUAUAUCCCCAUUCAUACGCUUUAGGUGAGGUUUUAAUGGCUUUAAACAGCAUGUACGUGGUACCCAGGUGAAGUUAAUACCCAUGCCUAUACAUUUACAUUGCCUUUGUUCCAGUGUGGAGCUCUAGUGAGUCCUGAUUUUAGCUUGAUCUUUGCCCAGCGCAGAGCCAGCCCUCUUCGGUCAAUUCAAACAAUUUUUAACAAGAAUACCGGAGAGCACAGUUCAAAUUAAUACUUGGAAUGGAAUUUACAGGGUCUUGGAUUUGCUAGAUCAAAAGGAUUUUUUUCGUUGGAACCUUUGGUGUACUUUUUGAAACUUUUUUCAGGGAUGAGGGGGUAAGGGUAUCAGGGGUAUAAUUUUGGUCAUAAUAUUUUCAUUUUUCAAUAUAUAGUUAAAAAUGAGGUGUUUUUAGACAAAAGAAGCAUAUGUUUAUCCAUUGAAUAUCACUUUAUCAGGUAUGGGUGAAGGAAUUGGGCAAAUUUUGAGUUUGAAUUUGAUUUGGAAAAACCCGACUCAGGGUGGUCAGUAAGGAAAGAAAUACUCAACAGUGAACUGGUUACUUGGCCAUUGAUAUGAAGCAUGGUCAUCGUGGGUAAGUUAUGUAAUAGAAUUUAUUAGACUUUGAAAAAGAACAAAUGUAUAAUUAAAUAACUUUGCCUGCCAAUACGUAUUGGUUUAUCCCUGUUUCUUGACGCCAACCUAUUUUCAAAAGCUUGUAGAAAAAAAGUUCAAUAAAGAUAAUGCUUUCAAA